GAGGCCUGCCUGACAAAAGCUCAGUGCGCAGAAGGCUGGUGACCAGGAAGAAGAACCGCGCUUGGGGCUGAGGGAGGAGACGGGCUCUGUGUAUAUACCUGGACGCCGCCGCUUCCCCUGCCCGUUCCCCCCGCCGGAGGGCUAAGCAAGCCCUUGCCGAGGCCCUAAUGGCGGCCGAGGGCUGAGACCUCUCUCCCUUCCCUUCCCAACCCCAACCCCGCUGCCAUUUCUCCGCCGGAGUGCGGCGAGGAAGAGGGGGAGGCGGGCGGGCGGGGAGGCAGCGGGUCCCUGGGGCGAGCCGACUCGGGGUUAAGCUGCUUAGGCAGGCUGGCAUGAGCUUCCUGAGCUGGGCUCCUGCUGCUGCUAUUGCUGCUGAGGGGAGGCCGGAGGAAAGCCGUCGACCGGAGCUGCCAUUGUGUCUCUGAGGGGGAAGAGGAGAGCCCCCACUUCCCUUUGGGGAAGAUGGGGAAUUGCCUGAAAUCCCCCACCUCGGAUGACAUCUCCCUGCUGCACGAGUCCCAGUCGGACAGGGCCAGCUAUGGGGAUGGGACUGAGCCGGAUCAGGAGCCUCCGCCGCCAUAUCAGGAACAGGUUCCAGUUCCAGUUUACCAUCCAACUCCCAGCCAGACCCGCCUAGCAACCCAGCUUACAGAAGAGGAACAAAUUAGGAUAGCGCAACGAAUAGGCCUUAUACAGCACCUGCCGAAAGGAGUCUAUGAUCCAGGAAGGGAUGGUUCUGAGAAAAAGAUCAGAGAAUGUGUGAUCUGUAUGAUGGACUUUGUUUACGGGGACCCUAUCAGAUUCCUGCCAUGCAUGCAUAUUUACCACCUGGACUGUAUAGAUGACUGGUUGAUGAGAUCUUUCACGUGUCCUUCCUGCAUGGAGCCAGUUGAUGCAGCACUGUUGUCCUCCUACGAGACUAACUGAGCCAGAGCUUCUCUUCUGACCUGUCAAGGAAACCAUCCACUUUAAAGGGGUUUGAUCCUUUGCCAUCUGCCCAAAGAACCAGGGAUUAGGAAACAAAAUCAUGCACAAAAAAAUUCUCAUUUCUUAAGAAUAAAGAAAUAUCCUGAAUAGCAGACAGAGGGAGGGAGGGAAGGAAGGAAGAAAAACACAUUUAUAGACUAUAGAAAAAGUAGGGAGUUAUUUUUAUGUAAAGCCUUGAUCCAGUGCUUAAAAAUAGUUGCUCCUUAAGAAAGCCUGUUAGCACACCCAUACAGAAUAACUGUGUGAAUAAUAAAAUAUGUUAAAAAUUAAAUUGUGUGGAUGCAGCCCACCAGGAAGUUUCCUGUUCAAGCUUCUUUGAGAUGAAUGACAAGAAUAUUAUUGGGGGGGAUGAGUGUGUGUGUGUGAGAGUGAGCGCUAAAAAGGAGAAAGGGAUGCUGGAGUAUCCUUUGUCCUAAAGAAAACUGCAUUUUUUGUUCAGAUUGCUUCACAAGUUCCUGGUAUUUGGGUCAAUGCUCUAUUUACAAAAAAAGCUACAUUUUAUAACACUGGCACAAAAAUAGUUUCAAGCUUGUUUGCACAGUUUUUUUAUUCAUUGGAAAUGGAAUCCAUUUUGCCUUAGGUCUUCUAAAAUAGUGUAUUCUUAUUUUGGGGCUGGCUCUAUGCUUGAAAACCAGUUUAUUUAUAACAUGUUAUAAAAGUGCUAUAUUUUGUUUGCAGUUAGGAUUAUGUGGACUUUGAGAAGAUCUCCUAGCUUGUAAGCAAACUUGAGAUGCACUUUUUUUUAUAUGAGACAUUUUAAUGUGACAAUAUUAAAAGAAAACCAACACAAACCAGUAUUUGCCUUUCUAGUGUUUCCUUUCAUCAUUUUCUUUCUAAACAGAGUGCAGAAUUCAAAUACUAAAAUUGAUCUUAUAAAGUUAAAAUGGAACAUGAAGACAAGAUAAAGAUUACCCUGCAAUCUCAAAAACACAAUUUGUUGGGGAUGCAUUCUUUUAAAAAAGUUUCAUCUUGGAUCAUAUAAAAAAAUACUGCAUCUCUUGUUUUUGUACUAUUUAGAUUCUCAAGACCAUCCUGUGUCUCGGUCUCUGUGUAUUAAGUGUACCUUUGGUAUUCUUUUGGCUGGCAUAGCAGUCUAUCAGCAGAUAUUAAAAUAUUCUAUAUUUUAUGUUUUAUAUGCAAAAUUCAUAUUUGGCAAAUAAUUACAUAAAACUGAUCAAGUUAGUGAUCCUACGGCUGGUAAGGGCUGUUCCAUGUAUUUACAUUUAUGAAACUAAAAAGAAAAGUGAUGUGCUUGAUAGAUGCAGUCUUGCAGAGAGGGUAGUUGUAAAAAAAAAAAUCCACUUAGGAUGUGGAGUUUUGUUCUCUUAAAACAUUCUUUAAUAUGACCUUUAUACUUUUGACAAAGCCAAUAUGUUGAAAUGUCUUAGUUUAGCAUGAGAUGCAGGCACUGUAUCAAGGACUGUUCUGAUUGUUUUGGCUACAGGAUCCGAAGAAACUGUAUGUAAACAACUACUGCACUGAAGACUAUGUCUACAGUAGAAGCACUGCAGACUGUAAGCAUUCACCUAACAAAUCCCAUCAGUGGAAGCUGUACACAAGGACUUAUACAACAGGGCUUUCACCCCUUACCUCGCCCCAUGCUUCCUGAAAUUGGCUCUGGGGUGUGUGUGUGUGUCAGGAGACCCCCCCCCCAAAGAACAGCAUGCGAGGAGAGGGGAGGGGAGGCUUGUUCCAUCUGGCAAGCUAAAAUGCUUGGGCUGAUGGUAAGAUCAGAAGAGCACAAUGUGGAAUUCCUCAAUGCUAUAGAAUAGAGCAGGCGUCCCAAACGUCGGCCCUCCAGAUGUUUUGGACUACAAUUCCCAUCUUCCCCGACCACUGGUCCUGUUAGCUAGGGAUCAUGGGAGUUGUAGGCCAAAACAUCUGGAGGGCCGCAGUUUGGGGAUGCCUGGAAUAGAGCAAUUACAUGUAAAAUAAUUUCUACAAGAUUAGUUGGCAAAAGUAUCCACUAACCUGUGCCAGAUGCUGUAUAAGACACUGUAGACUAUUUCCAUUCAAAUGCCUUCCUAUCCCAUGGUGUGUAGUGGUGUAUACACAGCACCUAUGCAAGCAGCCUUUCCUAUUUGAUUUGUUGGAGAAGGCAGACUCGGGCAUACGCCAAAUUGGCCUUGUAAGUGAAAAGAACAGCGGCUGGGAGGACUUCAGUGUCUGCAUCAGAAUCGACAUACCUGCAAAAGAUUGUUGGAUUGGGGUGAUUGUUAAAAGUGUAAAUGGUGCACUGUUGGAAGAAAGCAACUAGCAGUAUACAGUCUUGGGUUGAUUUGCAUUUACUGGUAUAUUGAAAACCUUUUACAACCCCCCCCCCCUUUUAAUUCAGCUAUUCUUAAUUACAGGAAGGAAAUCUGAGAAAGAAAAAUAUGAAGUUGUGCAAUAUUUUCAGUAGUAAAUCAUACUACCUUUCUUAUCAUU